AUGGCGGCCGUGUUGCCGAGAACCCUGGGGGAGCUGCAGCUCUACCGGAUCCUGCAGCGGGCCAAUCUGCUUUACUACUACGAGGCUUUCAUCCAGCAGGGCGGUGACGACGUGCAGCAGCUGUGCGAGGCUGGAGAGGAGGAGUUCCUGGAGAUCAUGGCGCUGGUGGGCAUGGCCAGCAAGCCGCUGCAUGUCCGCCGUCUGCAAAAGGCCCUGCGGGACUGGGUCACCAACCCGGCCCUUUUCAACCAACCGCUCACCUCCCUGCCUGUCUGCAGCAUCCCCGUCUACAAGCUGCCGGAGGGCUCGCCCACCCUACUCAAUGCUCAGGACCGCUCCAACACCGCCAGCGUCAAGAUGCCAAAAGCCAUGGCCGCCGCCUGCUCAGACCCGGGGAAGCUGGAUGUGGCGCGGGACAAAGUGUCGGCCGGGUCACCCCUGCAGGGCAGCAGCGAAACGCGCUUUUGGUCGGGUCACAGCAAUGACAGUGAACAGAGUCUGUCGCCGUCCGACCUGGGCUCGCCCUCCUCGCCCCGCGACGGGCUGGAGGCGCUGGAUGUGGCAGCGGUCCAGUCGGUUCUGGAGUGCGUGGACAGGAUGGCGCCGGGCUUGCCCAAGAUCGACCCGGCCGAGGUGAAGGAGCUGCUGAAGAACAACAAGAAGAUGGCCAAGAUGAUCAGUCACAUCUUCGAGAUGGCCGACGACGACCCUCGCAGGGAGGAGGAGAUUCGUAAAUACAGCGCCAUCUACGGACGCUUUGACUCCAAGAGGAGAGACGGCAAACACCUGACGCUUCACGAGCUAACGGUCAACGAGGCGGCGGCCCAGCUGUGUAUGAGGGACAUGGCUCUGCUGACCCGGCGUGACGAGCUCUUCGGACUCGCCCGCCAGAUCUCCCGAGAGGUCACCUACAAAUACACCUACCGCACCAGCAAGUCCCGCUGUGGAGAGCGAGAUGAACCUUCCCCUAAAAGGAUCAAAACGGAGGAGAAUUUCUUCGACAUCCAGGAGGCGCUCCAGGCAAUCCACAUGAGGCAGGAGAUGCUGAGGGAGCAGCUGGCCUGUGCCAAGUCAAAAGGGGAGGAGACAGUUGGGAGAAACCUGCAGAUGCAGCUGGAGCGUCUGUUGGCGCGGCAGAUGGAGAUUUUACAAGACGCGGCGGUCCAGGAGCGUCUCCAGGCUCUGGACUGGAGGAUCCCUCCCGGGGCCCUCAAGUACCUCAACGAUGCCCAGGGCACUAACGGGGCCACGGGGGACACCAGUAGAGAUAACCAAGAUGAGCGACCAAUCAAUUUACGGGUGGUGAGUCAGAACAUGCAGGAAGGGGAACUACCAUUGGGCAAGCAGCUAGCCAAUGAGCUGAAGCGCCAUCACAACAACCACAACCAUAACAACAUCAACAGCAACAGCAACAACAACAACAACAACAACACAGAUGAGACCAAAACACCAGCAACAGAAAACGGCACCUCACAGUGGGCGUCCAGCAACGCAGACAAGAAGACCAUCAAAUCAGAACCGGAAGACUCCACAUAGUGCCUCCCGCCUCCCCCCUUCACCCCCUCUCUCCAUUCUACUCACAUUUGACAGUAUGCAGUUAUUAUCCGUCAAUAGAUACUAAGCAAGCACAGCCACAGUAGAGCCUUAACAACCAAUGUUGCCUCAUGAAAAGCAUUUAUUUUUCUUUAAUUUUUUUUUUGUUUUGUUUUUAUUUUUAAAAGGUAUUUUGCCAAAGCACCUAGAGAGCAUGGGUUCAGUGGUGGCGGGAAGCCAAGCAGGGUUUAGCCUGCCAACAGGGUGAUUUUACUUAGAUGCUCUACAGGUCUUUGUCUGUUUAUUAAUUGUACACGUCAGAUGUACAUGUAAUUUAAGAGUGGUGUGUUUGAAGCGUUUGUAUCCUUUUUACCUCUUCCUGGGUGUUAUUGUCGCUAGUUUUUGGACAGCCGGGUUGUGGGCUGUGAUUUAGGAGCUGAAUCUUAACUUGAAGGUAAAUUCGGGGGCAGGAUGUCAACAAAAUCCUCAUCAGCUAAGAAAAGGGAGGGCGUCCGGGUAGCAUAGCGGUCUAUUCCAUUGCCUACCAACAUGGUUCGAAUCCCCGUGUCUGGCGUCCCUACAGACACAAUUGGCUGUGUCUGUGGGUAGGAAGCUAGAUGUGGGUAUGUGUCCUGGUCGCUGCACUAGUGCCUCCUCUGGUCAAUCGGGGCGCCUGUUCGAGGGGGGAGGGGGAACUGGGGGGGAAUAGUGUGAUCCUCCCACUCGCUACGUCCCCCUGGCAAAGCUCUUCACUGUCAGGUGAAAAGAAGCGGCUGGCGACUCCACGUGUAUGGGAGGAGGCAUGUGGUAGUCUGCAGCCCUUCCCAGAUCAGCAGAGGGGGUGGAGCAGCGACCGGGACGGCUCGGAAGAGUGGGGUAAUUGGCCAAGUAGAAUUGAGGAGAAAUGGGGGGGGGGAAAUCCCCUCCAAAAAAAGAAAAGGGAUGUAUUAAUUACUGUCAGCAGCUCUUCUUGGAUUGUUAGCAUGUUCGCACACUGUGGCGAUAUAGAUAGGCUGGAGGAUCAUGACCUCUGAUCGGGCCCGAGUGAGGACUGGACACAGUCGUUAUUUUACCAGCCGAGCAGGUUUGUAGAAUUGAAUAAGCCAUCCAACCUCGAGCUGGCUGCUUUACACACUGGCCAGUUGAGUGGACUAACUUAACAAUUAUGGCUAAGGUUUUAACAGCCUACGGUUGGAAGCGAUUUCGACAGAAACUUCCACACAUACCUCCUGAACCUUCGUUGUUCGGCCAGCUCCACUUUCUACACCCUCGCGUCUGUUUACGGACUUCCAAGUUUGGCUGUUGAUAUAGAAACGAGAAAGAAAUGUGGAAAUAUGGGAAUCGUUUGAAAAUAUGCGAGUGCUGCAGGGAGACUGAGUUAGGAUUCAGCCCCUUGUUUUUGUUUUUUUGUUUUUUUCUUUUGUUUCCUCUUAUUUUUGUUUAGUUGAAAUGGGGGAAAAAAGGGAUAUGUUUUUUUUUCCUCCCUUUUUAUUGUGUAUAUUUAUGGGAGGGAAUUUAAACAGAGAACCUAUAUGAGCUGUUUGGGAAUAACAGCCGUGUAUCUCUGUCAUUUGUCUGGGAAUGGUGGCCGGGUUGGCUCGCCCCCGAGGCUGCACUAAUUGAUUCGCUUCACUUUGUGAUUUAGCAAAACGCCGCCGUCGGUCCAAAGCCACGUAUCUGUAAUGAGUCUGUUUUUAACAGCAGCAAAGAAAAGAGUGCCCGUGUUCUGACUGACACCCAUGUGUUUUGUUCACAUCUGGGUUUUUUCCCCCUCUCCGUUUUAUAUUGUGGUUUUGACAGGGUUCGAAGGCCCAAGAGACAAAAAAAAAAUUUUUUCUCAUAAAUGACCAAGCAAAUGUUCAGCUAAAGCAAAGAAAACAGAAAUUAAUUGCGGGUACGUGGUUUUUCCUUCCGAGACGGCGGCCAAAAUUAAAAUUUUAGUUGUACUGUUGCAGCCGAGGCUCUGUAAAUAGUCCCGUAAUAAUAAUAAUGCUAGCCAAAUCUCUCAACCAGGGUUUCUCUUUGUCAAGUGUAACUUGCUGUAGAUUUUUGUGUCAAUGCAGUGUUUAUGUAUGUAGAGCACAAAAAAAAAAAAAUAGAGAACACUUAAGUGUCAUUAAGGAAAAAAAAUACAA